GUGCAUUCACUUUCAUCACAUGGUCGCUGGAAACUACAACAAGGAAGAAGACAUGGCAAGGACAGAAUCCAUCAUAUUUGCUCUGCUACUUGCAGCUGCUGCCAUCGACGCCCAACCAACUACUACCACUAUUCCCACCACAGCCACCGCUGUUGCUACUACAGCCACUGCUACAACUGCUGCCACCACUAUUGGCCAUUGCGCCCAACUAACUACUACCACUCUUCGAACCUCAGCCACCGCUACAACUGCUGCCACUACCAAUGCCAAUGACGCCCAACUAACCGCUGCCACUAUUCGAACCACAGCCGCCACAACAACUGCUGCCACUACAGCCACCGCUACAACUGCCGCCUCCACCAAUGCCAAUGACGCCCAACUAACCGCUACCACUAUUCGAACCACAGCCGCCACAACAACUGCUACCACUACAGCCACCGCUACAACUGCCGCCUCCACCAAUGCCGAGAAUACCCAACUAACCACUACCACUAUUCGAACCACAGACACCGAAACAACUGCUGCCACGACAGCCACCGCUACAACUGCUGUCACCCCCAAUGCCGAUGAUGCCCAACUAACCACUACCGUUAUUCAAACCACAGACACCGCAACAACUGCUGCCACGACAGCCAUCGCUACAACUGCUGCCACCCCCAAUGCCGAUGACGCCCAACUACUCACUACCACUAUUCGAACCACGGACGCCGCAACAACUGCUGCCACGACAGCCAUCGCUACAACUGCUGUCACCCCCAAUGCCGAUGAUGCCCAACUAACCACUACCGUUAUUCAAACCACAGACACCGCAACAACUGCUGCCACGACAGCCAUCGCUACAACUGCUGCCACCCCCAAUGCCGAUGACCCCCAACUACUCACUACCACUAUUCGAACCACGGACGCCGCAACAACUGCUGCCACGACAGCCACCGCUACAACUGCUGCCACCCCCAAUGCCGAUGAUGCCCAACUAACCACUACCGUUAUUCAAACCACAGACACCGUAACAACUGCUGCCACGACAGCCAUCGCUACAACUGCUGCCACCCCCAAUGCCGAUGACGCCCAACUACUCACUACCACUAUUCGAACCACGGACGCCGCAACAACUGCUGCCACGACAGCCACCGCUACAACUGCUGCCACCCCCAAUGCCGAUGAUGCCCAACUAACCACUACCGUUAUUCAAACCACAGACACCGCAACAACUGCUGCCACGACAGCCAUCGCUACAACUGCUGCCACCCCCAAUGCCGAUGACGCCCAACUACUCACUACCACUAUUCGAACCACGGACGCCGCAACAACUGCUGCCACGACAGCCACCGCUACAACUGCUGCCACCCCCAAUGCCGAUGAUGCCCAACUAACCACUACCGUUAUUCAAACCACAGACACCGCAACAACUGCUGCCACGACAGCCAUCGCUACAACUGCUGCCACCCCCAAUGCCGAUGACCCCCAACUACUCACUACCACUAUUCGAACCACGGACGCCGCAACAACUGCUGCCACGACAGCCACCGCUACAACUGCUGCCACCCCCAAUGCCGAUGAUGCCCAACUAACCACUACCGUUAUUCAAACCACAGACACCGUAACAACUGCUGCCACGACAGCCAUCGCUACAACUGCUGCCACCCCCAAUGCCGAUGACGCCCAACUACUCACUACCACUAUUCGAACCACAGACGCCGAAACAACCGCUGCCACGACAGCCAUCGCUACAACUGCUGCCACCCCCAAUGCCGAUGACGCCCAACUACUCACUACCACUAUUCGAACCACGGACGCCGCAACAACUGCUGCCACGACAGCCACCGCUACAACUGCUGCCACCCCCAAUGCCGAUGAUGCCCAACUAACCACUACCGUUAUUCAAACCACAGACACCGCAACAACUGCUGCCACGACAGCCAUCGCUACAACUGCUGCCACCCCCAAUGCCGAUGACGCCCAACUACUCACUACCACUAUUCGAACCACGGACGCCGCAACAACUGCUGCCACGACAGCCACCGCUACAACUGCUGCCACCCCCAAUGCCGAUGAUGCCCAACUAACCACUACCGUUAUUCAAACCACAGACACCGCAACAACUGCUGCCACGACAGCCAUCGCUACAACUGCUGCCACCCCCAAUGCCGAUGACCCCCAACUACUCACUACCACUAUUCGAACCACGGACGCCGCAACAACUGCUGCCACGACAGCCACCGCUACAACUGCUGCCACCCCCAAUGCCGAUGAUGCCCAACUAACCACUACCGUUAUUCAAACCACAGACACCGUAACAACUGCUGCCACGACAGCCAUCGCUACAACUGCUGCCACCCCCAAUGCCGAUGACGCCCAACUACUCACUACCACUAUUCGAACCACGGACGCCGCAACAACUGCUGCCACGACAGCCACCGCUACAACUGCUGCCACCCCCAAUGCCGAUGAUGCCCAACUAACCACUACCGUUAUUCAAACCACAGACACCGCAACAACUGCUGCCACGACAGCCAUCGCUACAACUGCUGCCACCCCCAAUGCCGAUGACCCCCAACUACUCACUACCACUAUUCGAACCACGGACGCCGCAACAACUGCUGCCACGACAGCCACCGCUACAACUGCUGCCACCCCCAAUGCCGAUGAUGCCCAACUAACCACUACCGUUAUUCAAACCACAGACACCGCAACAACUGCUGCCACGACAGCCAUCGCUACAACUGCUGCCACCCCCAAUGCCGAUGACGCCCAACUACUCACUACCACUAUUCGAACCACGGACGCCGCAACAACUGCUGCCACGACAGCCACCGCUACAACUGCUGCCACCCCCAAUGCCGAUGAUGCCCAACUAACCACUACCGUUAUUCAAACCACAGACACCGCAACAACUGCUGCCACGACAGCCAUCGCUACAACUGCUGCCACCCCCAAUGCCGAUGACCCCCAACUACUCACUACCACUAUUCGAACCACGGACGCCGCAACAACUGCUGCCACGACAGCCACCGCUACAACUGCUGCCACCCCCAAUGCCGAUGAUGCCCAACUAACCACUACCGUUAUUCAAACCACAGACACCGUAACAACUGCUGCCACGACAGCCAUCGCUACAACUGCUGCCACCCCCAAUGCCGAUGACGCCCAACUACUCACUACCACUAUUCGAACCACGGACGCCGCAACAACUGCUGCCACGACAGCCACCGCUACAACUGCUGCCACCCCCAAUGCCGAUGAUGCCCAACUAACCACUACCGUUAUUCAAACCACAGACACCGCAACAACUGCUGCCACGACAGCCAUCGCUACAACUGCUGCCACCCCCAAUGCCGAUGACCCCCAACUACUCACUACCACUAUUCGAACCACGGACGCCGCAACAACUGCUGCCACGACAGCCACCGCUACAACUGCUGCCACCCCCAAUGCCGAUGAUGCCCAACUAACCACUACCGUUAUUCAAACCACAGACACCGCAACAACUGCUGCCAUGACAGCCAUCGCUACAACUGCUGCCACCCCCAAUGCCGAUGACCCCCAACUACUCACUACCACUAUUCGAACCACGGACGCCGCAACAACUGCUGCCACGACAGCCACCGCUACAACUGCUGCCACCCCCAAUGCCGAUGAUGCCCAACUAACCACUACCGUUAUUCAAACCACAGACACCGUAACAACUGCUGCCACGACAGCCAUCGCUACAACUGCUGCCACCCCCAAUGCCGAUGACGCCCAACUACUCACUACCACUAUUCGAACCACGGACGCCGCAACAACUGCUGCCACGACAGCCACCGCUACAACUGCUGCCACCCCCAAUGCCGAUGAUGCCCAACUAACCACUACCGUUAUUCAAACCACAGACACCGCAACAACUGCUGCCACGACAGCCAUCGCUACAACUGCUGCCACCCCCAAUGCCGAUGACCCCCAACUACUCACUACCACUAUUCGAACCACGGACGCCGCAACAACUGCUGCCACGACAGCCACCGCUACAACUGCUGCCACCCCCAAUGCCGAUGAUGCCCAACUAACCACUACCGUUAUUCAAACCACAGACACCGCAACAACUGCUGCCACGACAGCCAUCGCUACAACUGCUGCCACCCCCAAUGCCGAUGACCCCCAACUACUCACUACCACUAUUCGAACCACGGACGCCGCAACAACUGCUGCCACGACAGCCACCGCUACAACUGCUGCCACCCCCAAUGCCGAUGAUGCCCAACUAACCACUACCGUUAUUCAAACCACAGACACCGCAACAACUGCUGCCAUGACAGCCAUCGCUACAACUGCUGCCACCCCCAAUGCCGAUGACCCCCAACUACUCACUACCACUAUUCGAACCACGGACGCCGCAACAACUGCUGCCACGACAGCCACCGCUACAACUGCUGCCACCCCCAAUGCCGAUGAUGCCCAACUAACCACUACCGUUAUUCAAACCACAGACACCGUAACAACUGCUGCCACGACAGCCAUCGCUACAACUGCUGCCACCCCCAAUGCCGAUGACGCCCAACUACUCACUACCACUAUUCGAACCACGGACGCCGCAACAACUGCUGCCACGACAGCCACCGCUACAACUGCUGCCACCCCCAAUGCCGAUGAUGCCCAACUAACCACUACCGUUAUUCAAACCACAGACACCGCAACAACUGCUGCCACGACAGCCAUCGCUACAACUGCUGCCACCCCCAAUGCCGAUGACCCCCAACUACUCACUACCACUAUUCGAACCACGGACGCCGCAACAACUGCUGCCACGACAGCCACCGCUACAACUGCUGCCACCCCCAAUGCCGAUGAUGCCCAACUAACCACUACCGUUAUUCAAACCACAGACACCGCAACAACUGCUGCCACGACAGCCAUCGCUACAACUGCUGCCACCCCCAAUGCCGAUGACCCCCAACUACUCACUACCACUAUUCGAACCACGGACGCCGCAACAACUGCUGCCACGACAGCCACCGCUACAACUGCUGCCACCCCCAAUGCCGAUGAUGCCCAACUAACCACUACCGUUAUUCAAACCACAGACACCGUAACAACUGCUGCCACGACAGCCAUCGCUACAACUGCUGCCACCCCCAAUGCCGAUGACGCCCAACUACUCACUACCACUAUUCGAACCACGGACGCCGCAACAACUGCUGCCACGACAGCCACCGCUACAACUGCUGCCACCCCCAAUGCCGAUGAUGCCCAACUAACCACUACCGUUAUUCAAACCACAGACACCGCAACAACUGCUGCCACGACAGCCAUCGCUACAACUGCUGCCACCCCCAAUGCCGAUGACCCCCAACUACUCACUACCACUAUUCGAACCACGGACGCCGCAACAACUGCUGCCACGACAGCCACCGCUACAACUGCUGCCACCCCCAAUGCCGAUGAUGCCCAACUAACCACUACCGUUAUUCAAACCACAGACACCGCAACAACUGCUGCCACGACAGCCAUCGCUACAACUGCUGCCACCCCCAAUGCCGAUGACGCCCAACUACUCACUACCACUAUUCGAACCACGGACGCCGCAACAACUGCUGCCACGACAGCCACCGCUACAACUGCUGCCACCCCCAAUGCCGAUGAUGCCCAACUAACCACUACCGUUAUUCAAACCACAGACACCGCAACAACUGCUGCCACGACAGCCACCGCUACAACUGCUGCCACCCCCAAUGCCGAUGACGCCCAACUACUCACUACCACUAUUCGAACCACGGACGCCGCAACAACUGCUGCCACGACAGCCACCGCUACAACUGAUUCGACCACUGGUGACGAUGAAGCCCAACUAACUACUACCACUAUUGGAACCACAGCCGCCGCAACAACUGCUACUACUACAUCCACCGCCACAACUGCUGCCACCGCCAAUGCCGAUGAUGCCCAACUAACCACUACCGUUAUUCAAACCACAGACACCGCAACAACUGCUGCCACGACAGCCACUGCUACAACUGCUGCCACCACUAUUGGCCAUUGCGCCCAACUAACUACUACCACUCUUCGAACCUCAGCCACAGCUACAACUGCUGCCACGACAGCCACUGUUACAACUGCUGCCACCACCAAUGCCAAUGACGCCCAACUAACCGCUACCACUAUUCGAACCACAGCCGCCACAACUGCUGCCUCCACUGCCACCUUGGAUGCUUCUCGGCCUGCGGUGGUCAUCUUGGUCGUCAUUUCCCUGACAUUGCCACAGAUGCUGAUAGACUUUUCCGCAGAGGCCAUCAGCAUCCUGGACAACAGCAUUGAAAAACAGCUACCGGCACUGCUGGCGGGCGCCAAUUGA